UCAGACUGGCUUCGAUUCAAGGUUAGGAGUUGACCGGGUUAAACGACCGCGAUUCAAUUUGUCAAGUUUAUCCUUCACAUUUGUUUAACAAUGGAACCAUCCCAUAGAGAAAUGAUAAUGAAAAAUCUUGACUUUUUGAUUCAAAAUACUAGUGAUGAAGCCUUCGAUCUUCUUUUGGAAAGAUUUAGCACCAAUCAUGGAUUAAGUCCAUACAUGUUAGAAAAAAUAAAUAAAGGAGGAACUAGCCUUGAAAAGAAAAAGAAAUUUUAUGAAAUGGUUCCUAAAAGGGGACCUGAAGCAUUUCGGAAAUUAUGUGACUGUUUGUAUAGUGUUGGUCUCAAAAAUCUAGCUGAGAAGUUAAGGGGGUCAAGGGUGUUUUUAGAUGGCUGCUUUUCUUCAAAAUUAAAUGGAUCUUCACACGAGCGUUAUAUAAUAAAAUCAAACCCAAAAGGACACGUUUUAAUAAUUAAUAUUAGGAAUUUCAUCUAUAAUCCACUACAACUCAGAAGAGGCUCAGAAAAAGAUGUAGCUUCCUUGAAGGAACUAUGGAAGAAAUUGGGUUAUAGUGUUCAUUUUUUUAAGGAUCUUACAUGUGAAGAAUUCAAGAAAGAAAUAGAUAAUUUUAUCAAUUUGACAAAGUCUGAUAAGUUAGACUCAGUAUUUGUUUUUAUUAUGACCCAUGGAAUGAGGAAUAACACAAACCAUCGGGAGGUUCAGUUACUAAUGUCAGAUUCAGGAACCAUAAAUUCUGAUUGGGUUGUGGACCGGUUCACCUCGGUCCACAGUAAGCACUUGGCGGAUACACCAAAAAUUAUUUUCAUUCAAGCCUGCCGUGGUGAAGACAUCGAUGUGGGUUAUUGGAUAGAAAAUGAUUCAGGGCAUGGAAAUUUAGAAUAUAAUGAAAAUAGUGAUGCAAUGAGGAUGCCUUCACCAAAACCUCGUUAUUCCAAUUUACUUGUGGUAUUUUCAACACUGCCAGGUUUUGUUGCUAAAAGGAACAUAGAUACAGGUUCUCCAUUUAUACAAGAGUUAUGUCAAAUAAUAAGUAUAAAAUCAAAAAAAUCCCACCUUCUGGAUAUGAUACAUGAGGUCAACAGGAAUUUAAAAGAAGAAGUCAUAAAGAAUUGGAAUGUUCAAGGCAGAAGUAGUUUUUUCCAGACCGUUCAUUAUGAAAACUGGCAUUUUAGCUACAAACUUUACCUCUGACAAUGCCAUUCGUUUAUUAUAUUACGUUUCGACACACGAAAUUUUUUUUUAUACUUAAGGAGAGUAUUCAAAUUGGUAAGAAAUUAUGACAAUUUUGGCUUCAGUAAACAGCUUUACCUGGUCUAAUGUUAAGUAUCCAUAAUUCGUUUUCUUUCUUGGUGUUCUCUAUAGUAUCAAUAAUAAUGAGAGAAUUUAGCAAAAUGAUGUAUUAAUAAUUGCCAUUAAA